AUGGCAAGGAAGAAACUCAGUGGAUUAGAAAUCUCUCUGAUUGUCCUCUUUGUUAUAGUUACUAUAAUAGCUAUUGCUCUGGUUGCUGUUUUAGCAACAAAGACACCCGCUGUUGAAGAAAUUAGUGGUCCUACUUCAACUCCACCUGGUUUAGGUAAAUGCCCCAAUGAGCAAAAUGAUCCUGUGAAUCAGAGAAUAAACUGCAUUCCAGACCAAUUUCCAACACAGGCAAUUUGUGCUCAGAGAGGCUGCUGCUGGAGGCCAUGGAAUUACUCCAAUAUCCCUUGGUGCUUCUUUGCAGAAAACCAUGGCUAUAAAGCUCAGGAAGUAAAAGUAACAAAUACAGGACUUGAAGCCCAAUUAAACAGAAUAUCUUCACCUACCCUAUUUGGAAAUGACCUUAACAGUGUCCUCUUUACAACGGAAAGUCAGACACCUAAUCGUUUCCGGUUCAAGAUUACUGAUCUAAAUAAAAGUAGAUAUGAAGUUCCUCAUCAAUAUGUAAAAAAAUUUACUGGACCUGCAACUUCUCAAGCGUUGUAUGACGUGAAAGUUACAGACGCUCCAUUUAGCAUCCAAGUUCUUAGAAAAAGCAAUAACAAAAUUUUGUUCGACACCAGCAUUGGUCCUCUGGUGUAUGCUGACCAAUAUUUACAGAUAUCAACAAAACUUCCCAGUGAAUAUAUGUAUGGUAUUGGGGAACAGAUUCAUAAGAGAUUUCGUCAUGAUCUAUACUGGAAAACAUGGCCCAUCUUUACUCGGGAUCAACUUCCUGGUGAUAAUAAUAAUAAUUUAUAUGGUCAUCAAACAUUUUUCAUGUGUAUUGAAGAUACUUCUGGAAAGUCAUUUGGUGUUUUUUUAAUGAAUAGCAAUGCAAUGGAAAUUUUCAUCCAGCCUACACCAAUAGUAACUUACAGAGUUACGGGUGGCAUUCUGGAUUUUUACAUCUUUCUCGGUGAUACUCCAGAACAAGUAGUCCAACAGUAUCAAGAGCUCACUGGACUUCCAGCAAUGCCGUCAUACUGGAGUCUAGGGUUCCAACUGAGUCGCUGGAAUUAUGGCUCACUGGAUGUAGUUAAAGAAGUCGUGAAAAGAAACCGAGAUGCUGGCAUACCAUUUGAUACACAGGUCACUGAUAUUGACUAUAUGGAAGACAAGAAAGACUUUACUUAUGAUGCAGUUGCAUUUAAAGGGCUCCCUGAAUUUGUUCAAGAUCUGCAUGAACACGGACAGAAAUAUGUCAUCAUCUUGGACCCUGCAAUUUCCAUAGGAAAACGUAUCAAUGGAGCAGCGUAUGAAACAUAUGACAGGGGAACUGAAAAACAUGUGUGGGUAAAUGAGUCAGAUGGGACUACACCAAUUAUUGGAGAGGUAUGGCCAGGACUAACAGUAUAUCCUGAUUACACUAGUCCACAAGGCAUAGAAUGGUGGGCAGAUGAAUGCAGUCGUUUCCAUCAAGAAGUGAAGUAUGAUGGACUUUGGAUCGAUAUGAAUGAAGUUUCCAGCUUUGUUCAAGGUUCUAAAGAAGGAUGUAAGGACAACAAAUGGAAUUAUCCACCAUUUACUCCUGAUAUUCUUGACAAACUCAUGUAUUCCAAAACAAUUUGCAUGGACUCAGUACAGUACUGGGGGAAACAAUAUGAUGUUCACAGCCUCUAUGGAUACAGCAUGGCCAUAGCUACAGAGAAAGCUGUACAAAAAGUUUUUCCUAAUAAGAGAAGCUUUAUCCUUACCCGGUCAACUUUUGCUGGAACUGGAAGGCAUGCUGCACAUUGGUUAGGUGACAAUACUGCUUCAUGGGAACAAAUGGAAUGGUCUAUUUCAGGAAUGUUAGAGUUCAGUUUGUUUGGAAUGCCUUUGGUAGGAGCAGAUAUUUGUGGAUUUGUGGCUGAUACCACAGAAGAGCUUUGCAGAAGAUGGAUGCAACUUGGAGCAUUUUAUCCAUUUUCCAGAAACCAUAAUGCUGAGGGAUACAUGCCUCAGGAUCCUGCGUAUUUUGGACAGGACUCUCUUUUGGUUAAAACAUCGAGACAUUAUUUGAAUAUCCGAUAUACAUUGUUACCUUUCCUCUAUACUCUGUUUUAUAAAGCACAUCAGUUUGGAGAAACAGUAGCAAGGCCAUUUCUUCAUGAGUUUUAUGAAGAUACAAACAGUUGGAUUGAAGACUUGCAGUUUUUAUGGGGCCCUUCAUUACUUAUUACUCCUGUCUUAAAACAGGGAGCAGAAACAGUGAGUGCAUAUAUUCCUGAUGCUACUUGGUAUGAUUAUGAAACUGGUGUCAAAAGACCAUGGAGAAAACAGCGUGUUACUAUCAAUCUUCCAGCAGACAAAAUAGGCUUACAUAUUAGAGGUGGUUAUAUUCUUCCCAUUCAACAACCUAAUGUGACUACAACUGCCAGCCGUAAGAACCCCUUAGGACUGAUAGUUGCCUUAGAUGAAAACAAUCAAGCAAAAGGAGACUUUUUCUGGGAUGAUGGAGAAACUAUAGAUACCAUACAAAAGGACAACUAUAUAUUGUAUACGUUUUCAGCUUCUAAUAACAAUUUGGAUAUUGUAUGCAAUCAUUCAACAUACCAGGAAGGAACCACUUUAGCAUUUGAGACUAUAAAAAUCCUUGGGUUGACAGAUUCUGUUACACAAGUUAGUGUGGCAGAAAUUGAUCAAGCACUGACUUCUCAUCCAAAUUUUACUUAUGAUGCUUCCAACCAGGUUCUCCUAAUUCAAAAUCUCAUGUUAAAUCUUGGAAAAAGUUUUAAAGUUCAAUGGACUCAAGUUUUCUCUGAAAAUGAGAAGUUUGCUUGUUUUCUGGAUGCAGAGACUGUAACUGAAGAAAAGUGCAAACAACGUGGCUGUUUAUGGGAAAAGAUAUCUUCUAACUCAGGAGCACCGGAGUGUUAUUUCCCUAGGCAAUAUAACCCUUAUUUGGUCAAUGCAAUCCAUUACUCAUCAACGGGUGUAACAGCUGACCUCAAACUGAAUACCACUAAUACUCGAAUAAUGCUACCUUCUGUGCCUAUCUCAAAUCUUCGUGUGGAGGUGAAAUAUCACAAAAAUGAUAUGCUGCAGUUCAAGAUUUAUGAUGCUCAAAAUAAGAGAUAUGAAGUUCCAGUACCAUUAAAUAUUCCACCUACUCCAACAAGUACUUAUGAAAAUAGACUGUAUGAUGUCGAAAUCAAGGAAAAACCUUUUGGCAUCCAGGUUCGUCGAAGAAGCACUGGGAGAGUUAUUUGGGAUUCUCAACUGCCUGGAUUUGCUUUUAAUGACCAAUUUAUUCAAAUAUCUACUCGUCUGCCAUCACCAUACAUAUAUGGAUUUGGGGAAACAGAGCACAGAACUUUUAAGAGAGAUCUGAACUGGCAUACCUGGGGAAUGUUCACAAGAGACCAGCCCCCUGGUUACAAACUUAAUUCCUAUGGAUUUCAUCCUUAUUACAUGGCUUUGGAAGAAGAGGGAAAUGCUCAUGGAGUUUUCUUACUCAACAGCAACGGAAUGGAUGUUACAUUCCAGCCAACUCCUGCUCUAACUUAUCGGAUAAUUGGAGGAAUCUUGGACUUUUAUAUGUUUUUGGGACCAACUCCAGAAGUUGCAACAAAGCAAUACCAUGAAGUAUGAUUGCACUUUUCUUUUUAAACAUAAAGUUAUGUAUAUAAACAUAUAUGCAUACAAUUUAUGAUGGGGGGGGGUGGUUAUGUGCCGAGGAGUCAGUUCCGACUCAUAUGUGAUUCUCAUUUAUUUCAGGAUGUUCAAUACACAGACAUUGAUUAUAUGGAAAGGCAACUAGACUUCACAAUUGAUGAUAAUUUCCGUGACCUUCCUCAGUUUGUUGACAAAAUAAGGGGAGAAGGAAUGAGAUACAUUAUUAUUCUGGAUCCAGCAAUUUCUGGAAAUGAAACAAAGCCUUAUCCUGCAUUUGACAGAGGAAAUGAGAAAGAUGUCUUUGUCAAAUGGCCUAACACCAAUGAUAUUUGUUGGGCAAAGGUUUGGCCAGACUUGCCCAAUGUUACAAUAGAUGAAAGUCUAACUGAAGAUGAAGCAGUUAAUGCUUCCAGAGCUCAUGUGGCUUUUCCAGAUUUCUUCAGGAAUUCCACAGCAGAGUGGUGGACAAAGGAAAUUAUAGAUUUCUACAAUGACCAAAUGAAAUUUGAUGGCUUGUGGAUUGAUAUGAAUGAACCAUCAAGUUUUGUAAAUGGAACAACUAGUAAUGAAUGCAGAAAUACUAAGUUAAAUUAUCCACCUUAUUUCCCAGAACUUACAAAAAGAUAUGAAGGAUUACAUUUCAGAACUAUGUGUAUGGAAACAGAACAGAUUCUUAGUGAUGGCUCAUCAGUUUUGCACUAUGAUGUUCACAAUCUAUAUGGUUGGUCACAAAUGAAACCUACUUACGAUGCAUUGCAGAAAGCAACUGGAAAAAGAGGAAUUGUUAUUUCCCGUUCAACAUAUCCUACUGGUGGACGGUGGGGGGGACACUGGCUUGGAGAUAACUACGCAGAAUGGGACAACUUGGACAAAUCAAUCAUUGGUAUGUUGGAAUUCAAUCUCUUUGGAAUACCUUAUGUUGGUGCAGAUAUCUGUGGCUUCUUCAAUGAUUCAGAAUAUAGUCUUUGUGCCCGUUGGAUGCAACUUGGAGCAUUUUAUCCAUACUCAAGAAAUCACAACAUUGCCUUUACUAGAAGGCAAGAUCCUGCUUCCUGGAAUGAAACUUUUUCUAACAUGUCAAGGGAUGUUCUAAAUAUCAGAUACAGUUUAUUGCCCUAUUUCUAUACACAAAUGCAUGAAAUUCAUGCUCAUGGUGGCACUGUUAUUAGACCCCUUUUGCAUGAGUUCUUUGAAGAAAAGGCAACCUGGGAAAUAUACAAGCAGUUCUUGUGGGGUCCAGCAUUUAUGGUUACUCCUGUGUUGGAAUAUAAUGCUGUAACUGUAAGAGGUUAUAUCCCUGAAGCUCGAUGGUUUGAUUAUCACACCGGUCAAGAUAUAGGUGUGAGAGGACAACUUCAUGAUUUUGAUGCUCCUUGGAAUAAAAUAAACCUGCAUGUCCGUGGAGGCCACAUCCUGCCAUGCCAGGAGCCUGCUCAAAACACAUUUUUCAGUCGAAAAAAUUACAUGGGACUCAUUGUUGCUGUAGAUGAUAAUCAGAUGGCAAAAGGAACUCUGUUUUGGGAUGAUGGAGAGACUAUAGAUACCUAUGAAAGAGACCAGUAUGUCAUGGUACAGUUUAAUUUAAACAAGAACAACUUGACAAGCACUAUAUUGAAAAAUGGUUAUGUAAAUGCAAAUGAAAUGAGGCUUGGAUUCAUCAAAGUAUGGGGAAAAGGAAAGACUGCUGUCAAAGAGGUUAAUCUUGUAUAUAAUGGAAAUAAAGAGCUGCUUAAAUUUACUCAAGAGGCAGACAAGGAGAUAUUGAAUAUUGAUCUAACAGUGAAUAAUGUUUCUCUGGAUCUGCCAAUAGAAAUCUACUGGUCAUGA